CAGUGGUGACUCCCCAGGAGUGAUCUCCUCCACAAUCAAUGAGGAUCGCGAUGCUCACGGCUCUCUCUCUCUCCUCUGUCCCCUUCUCCUCCUCCUCCUCUCUCGCCUCACAAGAUCAUUUCAUGCAUCUGCAACUUUUCUAUACAGACCACGAAGCAAAGCAAGUUAGGAUUUCAUUCUCUGCAGCCUUUUUUUUUUGUCCACUCUUUUUUUUUUAGGGGGGGGGGGGUCAUUUAAAUAAAUACCAUGAGAAGAGGACGGCUUGCUUUCACUUUUCUUGGGGAUGUAAUAUGUGGUGUUUCAGUGGUGUAUUGUAGGUAGGAUAAGGAAACGACAGCAUAAAAAAGGUGUGACAGGCGCCUUGGAAGACAACUGUGGAUUUCUGCGAGCAACUCCUACAGCGUCCAAAGGGGAUGAGGGGGCAUCGACCGGACCCCCCCUUUUGAUUGAUCACUUAUUAGUCAUCCUCUUUGGUUAAAUGGGACCAUUGAAAAGGCAACCGUGGAACUCAUAGCCUACUAAAUGAAUCAAAAAUUCCCGUGUCCCCCCCCUGCAUGUCUUCUCCAGGAGAGUUUUUCUGCUUCAGAGAGGGGGUCGAGCGUGGUUUUAGCAUUAUAAAGAGGGAAUAACAGCGGUGCUUUAUGGCUCUGGUGUUUAGAUUGGAUUUACACAGUUUUCUGCGCUUUGACAUGCGACUGUAAAAGAAGAGAAGCCACGCAACAAACUCGCCGAAGAUCGCAAAGAGAGGAAGAGCAGAGAACAUUGUGGACCUGUACCAAUUUCCUCCUAUUUAGUUAUAUCUGUUUUUUAUUUUAAUUUUUUCCCGUUUUUUUUUUUUUUUCUAAUUAUAUUUUGUUACUUAUCUCGUCUACCCCUCAAAAUGAAACUUUGGGCAUCUCCCUGCGUGGCUUGCUGUGCGGUGAUCCUCCUCUUGUGGUGCUUCGGAUCAGAGUGCGGGACGGUCAGAGAGAACAAGGGGAGAUCCAAGAGGGACUUGGUGCGUAUCAGGGAGGCAGCGAGAGCCGCCAGCUUCCCGGGGGCUUGUGCCACACGACUGCCCCGGGGCAAGCGCUCCGUGGCCGGCUUGGAGCGCCGGCUGCCUCGCCAGCGACGGCGCUCCUCGCAGGCGGAGGAGGAUGACUCCCCGGGUCGGGGGGGCAAAGCCGUGUACUUCACCGGCUGGGGAGAUCAGCUCCGACUGAAGCCCGGCGUGGAGAUACCGAGAGGGAAUUUCACCCUGGAGAUGUGGAUCAAACCCGAGGGAGGUCAACGAUCGCCAACGGUGAUUGCAGGUCUUUACGACAAAUGUUUCUACGCCUCCAGCGACCGCGGCUGGCUGUUGGGCAUCAAGGCGGUCAGCGAGCAAGGCAACCGCGACCCUCGCUUCUUCUUCUCCCUUAAGACGGACCGCGCGCACAAGGUGACCUCCAUCCACUCCAACGCCCGCUACACACCUAACCAGUGGGCGCACCUGGCCGUCACGUAUGACGGCGUCUACAUGAAGCUCUACGUCAACGGCGCCCAGGUGGGCGUCAGCCGUGAGCAGUCGGGCGACGUCUUCAGUCACCUGACCAAGAAGUGCAAGGUGCUGAUGAUCGGCGGCAACGCGUUGAACCACAACUACAGGGGGGCGGUGGAGAGGGUGGGCCUCUGGAGGCAAGCCCGGGGGCAGAGGCAGAUCAUCAGGGACAUGCAGGGGCAUGAAGACCCCCAAGAGCUCCCUCAACUGGUCAUCCGCGAGAACUUUAGGUAUCCGGACCGGAAGUGGCUCACAGUGAAAGACGGCAACUUCCCGAAGCCCGAGCCGGGGAUCAACGGGCGCUUGGGGUAUGCGGGGGGCAUUGGCGGCGGCGGCGGCAGUAUCGGCGAAGGAUUUCUGGACACCACGUUGGAACCUCCACCGUGCGGCCAGACGGUGUGCGACAACGUGGACGUCAUCAAACACUACAACCACCUGUGGAACUUCCGCAAGCCCAAGACGGUGCGGUACCGCGUGAUCAACGUGUGGGACGACGCUCGCAAGCGGCCCACCGUGUUCGACCACCAGAUCAGCCUGCAGCACCAGCAUCUCAACGACGCCUUCGGGCCCUACAACAUCACCUGGGAGCUGAGCGUCCACAACGUGACCAACUCGUCCCUCCGCGACCGGCUGAUCCUGGCCAACUGUGACAUCAGCAAGGUGGGCGACGACCUCUGUGACCCAGAGUGCAACCACCCGCUGACGGGCUACGACGCGGGGGACUGCACCUCGGGCCACCGUAGCCGCUGCCCCGAGUACAAGCAGGGCAACGGGGUGUGCGACGCCGAGUGCAACCUGGAGAACUUCUCCUACGACCUCGGCGACUGCUGCAACCCCAACGUGACGGACGUGACCAAGACGUGCUUCAACCGCUCUUCGCCGCACAAGAGGCAGAACUGUCCUACGUGUCAGUCCAAGGUGUUUGAUCUAUCAGAUGGGGUGUCCCAGUAUGCCUGGUUCCCCUGCAGAGAGGCCCACGAGACAUCCUGGGGGAACCCCAACUACUGGCUCAAGGCCCACUUCUCUCACCCCAUGGUGGCAGCGGCGGUCAUCAUCCACCUUGCGGCGGACGGGACGGGCUACCUGGACCAGACCCAGUGCAAUAUCACCGUCCAGCUGGUGGACACCAAGGGGGCCUUCCACAGUCUAGGCGACUGGCGUCUGAGCUGCCGCACCAACCCUCUGGUGAUCCCGGUGAGCCACGACCUGUCGGUGGCCUUCUACCACACCAAGGCCAUCCUGGUGACCUUCGCCUCCGAGCUGGUAGCCGUCUCCGGCGUGGGCCUGCGCUCCUUCCAGUCCUUCGACCCCAUCACCAUCAGCGGUUGCCAGAGCAACGAGAUCUACAACCCGACGGGCCAAAGUUGUGUACAUUACUCGUGUGAGGCCAUUGACUGCCAGGAGCCGCUGAUCCGCAAUGCAGAGCUCAAGUGCAGCAGCCCCGGCCGUCACUUCUACAACGGCGACCGCUGCACCAUUGCAUGUGACUCCGGCUACGUCCUGCAAAUCCACCAGGACGAUGACAUCAUCAAGAGCAAGCUGGACUCCACCGUCACCAUCACCUGCGCCGACGGGAAGUGGAACAAGCAGGUGUCCUGUGAGCCGGUAGACUGCGGCCUGCCCGACAAGUACCACGUCCACCCGGCCCACUUCGUCUUCCCCAACGGCACCACCUACGGCAAGAAGAGCGUCUUCCAGUGCAAGGAGCCUGCGCAGCUCGUAGGCACCAACAACACGCUGACCUGCCUGGAGGACGGUCUGUGGUCCUUCCCGGAGGCCCUGUGCGAGCUGCGCUGCCCGGCGCCCCCCCCGGUGCCCAACGCCGUGCUGCAGACCAAGCGCUGCAACGAGACGGGGCUCAAAGUGGGCUCCCUCUGCAAGUACAAGUGCCGGCCGGGCUACCACGUGGCCAACAAGCCCAAGAGGCGUGCGUUCAAGCGCCAGUGCACGGAGGACGGCCGCUGGAUCGAGGGCGCGUGCGAGCCCGUCACCUGCGACACGCCGCACGCCAUCUUCCACGGCUCGUACCACUGCACCGACGGCUUCCGCUUCGACAGCGUCUGCCGGCUCAACUGCUCCGACCCGCCGGCCGCCAGCUCCGUCUUCGGCGGCGGCGGCGGCGGGGGUGGCGCCGGGGGUACCGGAGGCUCCGCCCACACGGUGAGGAUGCUGCACGCUCCCUGCAAGCAGGCCCCUGGGUCCAACAGCAUCAGAUGCAGGAAAGACGGUAACUGGACGGGCUCCUUCCGCCUGUGUCCCCAGAGCCGGGGCCAGUGCUCUCUACCGCAGAACCUCCACUACAGCCUGCAGUACUCGUGCAAGCGAGGCCACGGCAUAGGUGAGGACUGUGAGCUAACGUGCAGGGAGAGUAACAACGAUGUGGUGAUGUUGCCUAGCAACCUGACAGCAGACUAUGUACUCAUCGAGCACUGGAGGAACCCUCCCAAAGUCAAGAGCAUCGUGUGUACGAUGGCGCUGAAGUGGUAUCCCCACCCGGAGACGCUCCACUGCAUCAAAGGAUGUGAGCCGUUCAUGGGAGACAACUACUGUGACUCGGUGAACAACAGGGCCUUCUGCAACUACGACGGAGGGGACUGCUGUCAGUCCACCGUCAAGACCAAGAAGGUGAUCCCGUUCCCGAUGUCCUGCGACAUACGGGAUGAGUGCUCCUGCCGGGAUCCCAACUCCAUGGAGAACCGGAAGGAGGAGCACGUCCACUCCCUGGGGUGACCUAUCGGGGAGGUGGAGCCUUCCUCCCUCCUCCAUGGCCCCCCCGGAUCUCCAACAUCCAUCACACACAGCCAGAGUGGCCGAGACAGACCUCUCUCUCUCUCCACCACCACAACCACCACCUCCGCCUCCUUCCUCAUCCUCAUUUCGGCUCCCACCACCACCACCACCAACCACCACCACCACCAACCCCACUCUCCUCCUCCUCCUCCUCCUCCUCCUCCUGCUCCUCCUCAACUUCCUGCACAUGCUGCUUAACAGGCAUACCUCUCCGUCCAAACUGCAAAACCCAAAACCAGCCGAACUGCCUCCAAUCUCCACGUCGCAGACUGAUCUCAAACACAAAGAAACAGGAAAAGCAAGUCCCGGCAGAAAAAGAGAAAUUAGAAAGACCCACGUUCGCUCCAAUGUAUAAGGAAGGUAACCCCGUUGCGAUUCCGUCGUACAGGGAAACCAAACACGUACAGCAAAAAGGGGGAAAGAAUAAUUAAAAACAAAAUGAAAAUUCAGAAGGUUGUCAGCAACAAUUUGAAAAAGGGAUACACAAACAAGCCUCGGUAGCAUGCCUUUUGUUCAGUUUGUGCCAGCAUUGGUGUAAAUAUUAACGAUAUCAAUGCCAUAUAAUCUCAUGAGUCAAAAUGGUCGAAUGUGUCCUAGGUAGUUCCAUGAUUUGCUUGUAUGAAGGAGAGUAUCACCCUCAUCUUUAACAAAGAAACAAAGUCAUGGGCACUCAAAGGCAUGCUACUAACUUUAAGAAAGGGCUUGAUUUUAGUGACUUCCUCUUCCUUGAUUCUAAACUGGCUAGACAUUUGAUAUCCCUAAUGCUUCACAGUGAUGUAUUGCUUAUCUCCUGAGUAUCUCUGGCCAUACAGAUGAUUCCCUAAACAGGCGGUCAGAAUAAACAAACGGUCUAACGGGAAAUGAGACAGCCAUACAGUUGAGUUGCAAACAAAUUCUACGUAACAAAAAAAACUUGAAACAAAUUAGUACCUCGUUUCUCCAUGAUGAAUCACCACAAAACUAGGUUCCAAAACUCUUUUUAUAUACUUCUAUUUGGAAUGCAAGUCCAGUGAUUCUUUUUAGCAUGACCUCUGCUACUAUGUUUGCUGCUACUUGCGAUUUUAACAUAACAUUAAUCUAAUGGAGUUAGACAAUGCCUUGUCUUCCUUGCUUAACCCCCUUUGGGAAUUAAUUUACACUUGCAUACGUAUGCAUGUACUAAAACACACAUUGGGACAGAACGCAUGCUGGCUACACCACAUUAUAAAUGCACUAGGAACUUUUUACAAACCUGGAACCUCACUUCUCCAUCUCAACGUAACUUUGCAAGUUCGCAAAAGGAAAGGCGAAAUACAUUGAUUUUACACAACUUAAAGAAUGUCAUUGAUAACACCUCACUAAGGGACGGCCUCAUUUCAAUCUCAGUUCAAACUCUUUCCUUUAUGGAAAAAGGCACUGGAGGAGAACUCACGAGUGGACAGUAGAGGUAAUCACGAAUGGCCGCUUGAUAGCCCUGAGCGUCCGGAAAUAGUUUUUGGACUGAAAUUGAAAUGACUGCCAGCCUGUUAAGAAUGUAGUCAAUGCUCGUCAGGUUUUCUCAAUAUUUUUUACCGCUUCAUUGCACAGUAGGUCUACUGCACGGCCCAUCCACAGAGACAGGGCUGGACGUAGGCCAACCUUGGCAGGAGAAUACCACAUUCUCUCUCAUGAUUACCCUCUUAGGUUUGCUUAGAUGCAUAUUGAAAUGACAUUUGGAUGUAUUCAUCACAAAAAAACACCGCAACGUCCUCUUCUUAGGUUUAGAAGUUGUUUGCCGUUAACGGUGCAACGGUGGAAUCGGCUCUUUGCAAUACCGAGAACGUAUCCAUCCCUCCACCAAAUCCCGCCCGAUGGAUUUCAAUAGUUGAUAUGGCUGCUAAUCUGUGUCUGUAUUUCUUUCUACUUUCCAUUCCAAAUGUAUGCAACGGUUUUCCUCAUGCGUAUUCGAUUACGAAGGCUGCCUGACGAUUUGGUCCCCGACUUUUUUUGCUGCUCUUCUUUUUUCUGGUUACCAACCUCGUCAUGGUGACCGCCCUCAUCAGGGUCCCCGCUCUGUAUCUCGUCUUUGCCUCGGCCACGGUCCCGUAUUAGGCUGCUAUCGCAUACGACACAAUGAAAACAUGGUCGUAGACAGAGGGCAAGCUGAAACGUCAUUUAGUACAAAAUCAUUGUGUAUCGGAAUCUGUAUCAAUCGAUCAACUAGGACAACACCACCACAAGCAAAAAAAAGAAAAGAUAACGAGGAACGUAUUAUUUUCAAAUCGGUAUAGUGUAAAUAUUACUAUAUGUUCUUUAUGACAAAUAAGUUGAAGAAAAAACGUUUUAGGUUUUGUUUUUGUUUUAUGUCAUAUUUAAUCAGUAUUUGUAUCAUUGACCUCAGUUACUGCACUUUUUUAGUUGCCAUGUAAGAAGAAUAGUAUAUAAUUCAAACAUGUUUAGAAGCUGCUAUUGUUGAAAUGGUGAUUUGAAACAAACUUUGAUAUUCUGUCAUUUGACUGUCUUUAUUACUAUUAGCUUUUCUUUGCUAAGUGUGUUUUGAAUCCUAAUCCCUAAAAUCUACCUUCCCGCCAAAUAUAUGAACUGGUUUUUGGAUCCAAGAAGCCUAUGGAAAGACAGAAGCUUGCUAUUAUUCUUAUAUUCAUCUUCCAUUUUCCAUAAAGACCUCGUGAAAAACAUACAUCAGAGGUCAUUAUAUAUUACAAAUAUAGCUGUUGUGUAAUGUAUCAUCUUAGGUUUUGUGUUUUUAAGUUUCCGCAGAGAAACCGAAGAUUGUUAUUAGGGAAAGAGAGCUAAAUGAAGCAACUACCAAAAAAGGGACUAUGGAGAGACUUUUUUUUUUUUUUUUUACUUUAGUUUCUUUGGGGGGAAAAAAGGAACUAGGGUGUCCUGACAUGAUACAUGAUCUUCUAAGAUUGCAGUUAACACUUUAUAUGAAAAAAAGAAAUAUAUAUAGCCCUGGUAAACUGAAUUGUUAUAUGUUGAUCUUAUCAAAUGAUAUGUACUAUUACUCAACAAUACUGCUGCUUCCCAUAUAACUAUUUUGCCAGUGGGGAGACUGACCUUAAGUCAACAACAACAACAACAACAACAACCACAACAACAAUAACUGUACACACCAAUGACACACAGUUCUUUCGGUUGGUCAUUUGAGAGGAAACAGAAAACAAAAAGCCAGGUCCUAAAGGCCUCCUCGCCCCCCAUUUGUAUGGAUGUAUCGCUGACUUUUGAUUGGUUCAAACCGGAAAACGAAACGACUAGCCGUUUCACAAACUUCACGACAAAAUCUCCUCCACCUUGUCCUGAAGGUACACUUGUAUUAAUUCCAUUGAUGCAGGAACCAAAAAAAAAGCGAAAAAAAAAAAAGUCAUAAAAAAACAAAAACAAAACAAGAGGGGAAAAACAGGCCAUUGACAGUGGCCAUUUUGCAUGUCAACUGACAACACAGUUUGGACAGCUUUUUGACUGAAUGAAUUCUCAACACACAUUGGAAGAAGUUCUGCUUGUAAGCCAUAGCCAAACCGAGAUAUUUCUGGGAGGAAAGUCUCAGUCUCGGGCAUCGGGUGAGGACAUGACCUCCCUACUGUAGUCACCACAGGAGCCAUCGCUGUACCUCAUGCCUGUACUGUUUGCUGCUUCUAUAUUUUUGGUAUUUUAGUAACAUUUUUGCGUCUCAUAGCAACGGUGUAAAUAGUAGAACUAUUUAUUGAGAGUGUUAUACUUUUUUAAGUUAUAUUUAAUGUCCAUGUAAGUUAUUUGUACUUUUUUUGGUUUUGUCUUUCUUAUAAACAAAAAAAUAUUAUCGGUUUGUUUGUUUUCAAGACGUAUAUAUAUACUGAAGGCCUACAAAAAACAGAAGGAGAUGCUUCAUUGGUAACUUGGGUGGAGACGGACACUAUUUCUUUGUUUUGGUUUUCAUCCAAUGAGGAUUCACCGCAUCUUACAUAUGUGAGUGCAGUGCACACAUAUACCGUGUUUAUGUCAAAGCCAGAAUGUAAUGUUUUUAUUUGUUUUAUUUGUUUUAUUUGAUGGUUUUUGCAUUUUUCAAACGCACACGUAAGCCAAUCACACACCUGUGUUACAGAAGGAAGGAAAAAAAACAAAAAUAUAUACUCUUCGUCGCGCAGUAAAUCCACAGUGUACCACAGACACAUACAGAACACAGCCUUUAUUUGAAUACAAAUAGCAAAGAGCAAAUUGAAGAGAAGAACGCGAAAACGCACACAUAUACCGUGCAAG